AUGGCUGGUCUGGAUUUAGGCAAUCACUAUAUUCACCAACUUCAAAGGCCUAAUUUCAAUCUUCCCCACCACCACCAUCAAGACUCUCAAUCUCGUCAUGACAACGAAUCCCAUCAUCCAUCGGAAUUCGUCGCCGCAGACUCUACUGCCCCGGCCACCGAUAUGGUUUCCUCUCGCCGACCACGCGGCCGUCCACCCGGUUCCAAAAACAAACCGAAGCCACCGGUCAUCAUAACUCGGGAAAGUGCCAAUACCCUAAGGGCUCAUAUUCUUGAGGUUGGUAGUGGCUGCGACGUCUUCGAUAGUAUCGCUACCUAUGCUCGUCGUCGCCAACGUGGGAUCUGCAUCUUGAGCGGUAGUGGAAUGGUUACGAAUGUCAACUUACGGCAACCGACGGCCGCGGGGUCUGUGUUAACCCUACAUGGGAGGUUUGAGAUAUUAUCCCUUACUGGAUCUUUCUUGCCGCCGCCUGCUCCUCCCGGCGCCACUAGUUUGACUAUAUACUUAGCCGGUGGGCAAGGGCAAGUGGUGGGUGGCAACGUUGUCGGGGAACUAGUAGCGGCAGGGCCAGUGACAAUAAUCGCCGCAUCAUUUACAAAUGUAGCAUACGAGAGAUUGCCACUGGAAGAACAAGAGCAAGAACAGGACCAAGAACAAGACCAACUUCAGAUGCAACCACCGACGUCGCAGGGUGGCGGCAACGACGGUAGCUGCGGAAACAAUAACAACCCAUUUCCAGAUCCAUCUUCAGGGCUUCCUUUCUUCAAUUUGCCUUUGAAUAUGCAAAACCAAAUUCAGCUACCAUUCUGA